AGAGAGAGUUGUAAGCAGCAACACAUUGGUGAAAUCGGGGAAGCAGGCGCGCGGCCCGGGGACCCGCCGGAAGAAGCAGCAGCUUCAGCGCGAGCUGGACGCAGACCGAGAAAACACCGGCGGCAGCACGAGCGACACCGAGGCGGUCAGCGGGGCGGAGAGGAGGAGGAGGAGGCACAUGCACCGCGACUCGUUCUCCCUCGCUGCCUCCAUCGUCUCUCCCUCUCUCUGUCUCUUCGCUCUCCUCACCCCUCGUUCCUCUCGGACCGCCGCCGCUUCCUCGUUAAGAUGGCUGACCCCAACAGCGACGGAGAGGUACCGGAGAGCGCGCGCGGCUUCGCCCGUCAGGGAGCCCUCCGCCAGAAGAAUGUGCACGAGGUGAAGAACCACAAGUUCAUCGCGCGCUUCUUCAAGCAGCCAACCUUCUGCAGCCACUGCACGGACUUCAUCUGGGGCUUUGGGAAACAGGGAUUCCAGUGCCAAGUGUGCUGUUUUGUGGUCCACAAGCGCUGUCAUGAAUUUGUCACCUUCUCCUGUCCAGGGGCCGAUAAGGGACCUGCCUCUGAUGAUCCUCGCAGUAAACACAAGUUUAGGGUCCACACGUACUCCAGCCCGACCUUCUGUGACCACUGCGGCUCCCUCCUCUACGGGCUGAUACACCAGGGCAUGAAAUGUGACCACUGUAUGAUGAACAUCCACAAGAGGUGUGUGGCCAACGUCCCGAGUCUGUGUGGGACAGAUCACACCGAGAGGAGAGGGCGCAUCCAUAUCUCUGCCCAAAUCACUGCGGACACUCUCACCGUCACCAUCAAAGAGGCCAAGAACCUGGUGCCCAUGGACCCCAAUGGCCUGUCAGACCCCUACGUCAAGCUCAAGCUGAUCCCAGAUCCCAAGAGUGAGAGCAAGCAGAAGACCAAGACCAUCAAAUGUUGCCUCAACCCCACCUGGAAUGAGACCUUCACUUUUACCCUAAAAGAAAGUGACAAGGACCGGCGUCUGUCAGUGGAGGUCUGGGACUGGGACUUGACCAGCAGGAACGACUUCAUGGGAUCUCUGUCCUUUGGGAUCUCAGAGCUACAGAAACAAGGGGUAGACGGAUGGUUUAAGUUGCUGUCCCAGGAGGAAGGAGAAUACUUUAAUGUUCCUGUCCAGCCAGAUGGAGAGGACGGUAAUGAGGAACUGCGACAGAAAUUUGAGAGGGCGAGGGUGGGUCCAGGGAAGCCCACAGAUUCUUCUUCCUCCUCGUCGGUGUGCAAGUAUGACAGCAAUGGCAAUCAGGAUCGGGUCAAGCUCUCAGACUUCAACUUCAUCAUGGUGUUGGGCAAGGGCAGCUUUGGCAAGGUGAUGCUGGCUGAGAGGAAGGGUACGGAUGAGUUGUACGCCAUCAAAAUCCUGAAGAAGGACGUGGUGAUCCAGGACGACGAUGUGGAGUGCACCAUGGUGGAGAAGAGAGUCCUGGCUUUGUCUGGGAAGCCACCUUUCCUCACUCAGCUGCACUCCUGUUUCCAAACCAUGGACCGACUGUAUUUCGUCAUGGAGUACAUAAACGGAGGAGACCUUAUGUACCAGAUCCAACAGGUCGGCAAGUUCAAGGAGCCUCAUGCUGUGUUCUACGCUGCAGAGAUAGCCAUUGGACUCUUCUUCCUUCACUCCAAAGGCAUCGUGUAUCGAGAUCUGAAGCUGGACAACGUGAUGCUGGAUUCUGAAGGCCACAUAAAGAUAGCCGACUUUGGCAUGUGCAAAGAAAACAUGUGUGAUGGGGUUACCACAAAGACUUUUUGUGGAACACCAGACUACAUCGCUCCAGAGAUCAUAGCGUAUCAGCCCUAUGGAAAGUCUGUGGACUGGUGGGCCUUUGGAGUUCUGCUCUAUGAAAUGCUUGCUGGACAGCCGCCUUUUGACGGGGAGGAUGAAGAUGAGCUGUUCCAGUCCAUCAUGGAGCAUCACGUCUCUUACCCUAAAUCCAUGUCCAAAGAAGCUGUUGCCAUCUGCAAGGGGCUUAUGACCAAACACCCAGGUAAGCGUCUGGGCUGCGGUCCAGAGGGCGAGAGAGACAUAAAGGAGCACGCCUUCUUCCGCUAUAUAGACUGGGAAAAGCUGGAGAAUAAAGAGGUCCAGCCACCCUUCAAACCUAAAGCUUGUGGGCGUGAUGCAGAGAACUUUGAUCGCUUUUUCACGCGCCACCCCCCAGAGCUGACCCCCCCAGAUCAGGAGCUUAUAGCCAACUUGGACCAGGAAGAAUUCCAAGACUUCUCAUUUGUUAACCCUGAGUACCCUCACACAACUCACUGACCAUGCCACAUAUCACCGGGCUGCACUAGUAAUUCCCCACACCUCAUAUUAUUUAAAAAAAAAAAACAAACAAAAAAAAACAAAAUAAAAAAAAUCAUCAUGAUGUCAUAUCCAGGCUGCAUUUGGCAGGAUGAAAUGUUAAAGUAAUAGUUUGAUCAUUUUUAGUGUUAGAUGAGAAGAUUCAUGUCAGUCUACAGAGCUGGAGCCAGAAGGCGAUAAAACUAUGAAACGUCAGCAUGGUAACAUUCAGUCAUUUUGCACAUGUUAGCGUGCCAUUGUUAGCCUUUAGCUUGGAGCACCACUGUGCCUACGUGGCGUCACAGAGUUGCUAGCUGGAGAUUCUUAAGCUAGAAUUUUACUUUCCACAUUUACCGCGAGCGUGCAAGGAUCUGUAUGCAUGUAUAUAGCGUGGUCAGAGGCUGUAGGCGUAGGCUACCAAUACACUACAACAAGCUACAGAAUCUGCGUAUUUGUGUGAGGCGUCUUUCCAGCUGACUUGUGUGUCUGCGGCUGUCCGUUUGGAAGUUUAUUCAGACCCUUCUUCUUGUCAAAUUCUCUAAUAUGAAAGUCUGUUGCUUAGCAGAAGACUUGCACCAGCUCAGAGCUCGCACAGCUAGGAAAUUAGCUCCCGGCCGUAGUCUUCUGCAGCUACCCCCAUCAGUCAUGUGAUGCUCGCCAGGUCUCUUUAUUGAGUUACACAAAUUAGAUAAAAUGUCAUAUUUAGUGGCUGUAUUUUUCAGGAGAGCCAGGCUAGCUCGUUCCCCCAGGUUCCAGUCUUUAUACUAAGCUAAGCUAAUCGCCUCCUGUCUCCAGCUUUGUGUCUGAUGUACAGACGUAAGAGUGGCUUCAGUCAUCUCAUCUGACACUUGUAAAGAUAUCAGAUGAGCGUAUUCUCUCCAAAUGCCAAACUAUUUCUGUAACGUUCAGAUGGAAAUGCAGACAGGUGCUCAAAUGCUAACAAUCUGUAGAAACAAUCAGAUAUCCAUGUGUCAAGUUGCCAGUAGGAGACUAGUUUUGUUUCAGGCAGUGACACUGUUUUCAUUUUACUUUGGUUUCGCAUGUCAUGUUACACUGCUGCUCUCAUAUCAGUUCUACUGGCUGUAUUUCUAUCUUUAGUGCAGAAAUGUUGCUCCUGAAUGCUUCCUGGCUGCUCACAUCAGCAGGUUCAUGUUGAAGUCUGAUCUCAGGGCCAACCUGAAACCUGCUCUGCCUCUGUGUCACCCUCCCUGUAAUUGCAUAUUGGUUAUAAUGACCUAUCGGUGAUAUUGAUGAGUGUACUAUGAUCACAUAUUGGUAAUAUUCAUACAGUGUAAGUGAAAACUGACCAAUUGCUUUGCUAUGAUUGUUUGAGUUUCCUAAUGCUGACCUUACUUUUGUCUAUAGGACCAAAUACUUGUACUUUUUGACUUUUUGUUCAGUCAGUGUUGUGGUGAGCUUAUCUGAAAAUGUUUUGCUGAUUUAAUUUUUAACCAGUCAGAUAGAAGUCUUCACACAUGCAGUCUGCAAGAGCGUAAGUCUGCGUCAAGUCAGUGAUUUUUGACCGAAAGCUCAUUCCUUUUCUCCUCAUUCAUCCCUGAAAACAUUCACCACAUUACACUGUGCUUUUAAUGACAGAGGGCGUAUCUUCUUAGCUUAAUAACAACCUUUUUUCUUUUUUUUUUUGUUUUUUUGGGGGAUUUUACAAAUGACAGAGUCCUGUCACGUCUUGUGGAGCAGGUAGUUUGUCAGCUCACAAAAACAGGAUGUCCAAAAGUGCCAAAAUAAGGUUCAGAAUGAUGACGAUGUGGAGAGAUAUUGUCCUCAAUAACUGUGACGACGGGCAGCCAUUUCGUGCCAUUUUGCAGUACAUGUAUAAUUAUUAGAAUAUGCAUUAUAGCUUAUCUGUUCUCCAACAGUACGAUACCCUUGAAAAGUCAUUUUCACGUAUAAAACGAAGUGUCUGAGAAGACGUGUGUUUCAUUGUGAGGCAGGUUGUGUUAUCCUUUUUGUAACUGUGUAACGAUGCAGGUUAGUGACGACGUGUCAAAUCUUGUUCUUGGAGCUCGUAACAAAAAGGGAGGCGGCAGCAUGGUGACAUUGCAGAUUCGUUUCUGUUGUACAAAGAUGCUUGCUGAUUUAAAAAAAAACAAAAAACAAACAAACAAAAGAAAAAGAUGAUUCUGCCAGGUGAAAAAAUGAAAAGUUAGCACUUAUUGUGAUGAUGGUAAUGGUGAUGAAUCAGUGGUGACAGAACAAAAGAUAUGCCAGAGGGGGAAAAAGCUAUAUAUCAAGUUCUAUUAUGAGAGAGAUAUUUGGAUAAAUUGUUCUGGAUGAGAGCGAGGCUUCUGUGGAUUGUGUAAUUGUCCUUUAUGACUGGAAACUGAUAAUAUACUCACUGGUGCCUACCAGACUCCCA